AAUUGAAGACCUAGCUUAGAUGAAUCAGGUGUUUUAGAGCUGGGUUAGAACAGACCCUGGCAGUAUCACAUCUCUACACGAGUUAUCACAACUUUAAAGGAGUUAUCACAACUCUACACAAGUUAUCACAUCUCUAAAGGAGUUAUCACAACUCUACACAAGUUAUCACAAGUUAUCAUCGAGUUCUGCUGGGGUAUGUUCCAGUCUUUUUCAGUUAUUCAUGAACUCAUCCUAAAUAUUUAAAUAUGGUGGGAACACACCUGUGUCUCCGAUUUAAAGUGUAACUAAAGACAGACAUGUCAAAAUGUGUGUUCUGUAUAUUUCUCUCUCUGUCUUUCAGGCAGAAUGGCAUGGGCUACAAUUCGUCCAUGGGUCGCCUGGGGGGUUUCUCUGGCCCCUCUCAUUCUGCUGCUUGACGAGGUGUGGAGGGACCUUCCGCAGGUCCUCCUCUGCUCCAUAGCCCUGCUGGCUUGCCUGGUGGCCAGGAUGCUGCCUGAGACACGUGACCGCUGUCUACCAGAGACCAUUCAGGACAUUGAGGACGGGCAGACAGGGAACAUUUUGGCUGGAUCCCAAGUUGUGGAAACAACAGAAAUCCCUCUAAAAUCAAAGGCCAACGAUGAGGGGGAAAAUUGACACUAAGAUAUUCUUUCUGUAAAUAUUUUUAUAUGCCCAAAU